AUGACUGUACAGUUAAGGGCCUCCUAUCUUUUCCCCCUUUUCCUAGCUGGCUUCAUGCAGUCAAAUUCUAAGCUGGAGAAGGUGAAGAUGGAUUGCUACAAAUAUGUGAAAGGUACCAUCUAUGAUUAUGACGCUUUCACUCUUAAUGGAAAGGAACACAUUCAGUUCAAGCAGUAUGUGGGCAAGCAUGUCCUUUUUGUCAAUGUGGCCACCUAUCGUGGUCUGACAGCUCAACAUCCUGAACUGAGUGCACUUCAGGAGGAGCUGAAGCCGUUUGACCUAGUUGUGUUUGGCUUUCCCUGCAACCAAUUUGGAAAGCAAGAACCAGGAGAGAACUCAGAGAUCCUUCCGGGACUGAAGUAUGUCCGUCCAGGAGGAGGAUAUGUACCUAAUUUCCAGCUUUUUGAGAAAGGGGAUGUGAAUGGCGAAAAAGAGCAGAAAGGCUUCACCUUCUUGAAGCAAUCCUGUCCUCACCCUUCUGAACUUAUGGGCUCAAUCAAGCAUAUAUCCUGGGAACCCGUCAUGGUCCACGACAUCCGCUGGAAUUUUGAAAAGUUCCUGGUGGGACCUGAUGGAGUCCCUGUCAUGCGCUGGUUCCAUCAGGCUCCAGUCAGUACAGUCAAGUCAGAUAUUCUGGCAUACUUGAAACAGCUCAAAACUGAAUAG